UGAAAUCUGUGCCACUCGCUUCCCGGGAUACUGCCUCAUAUACACGGAUGGCUCCCGCUCAGUAGCACCACCCCAAUCUGUGGGCACUGGAUUAGUUAUACCAUCUGUAUCCUACCACAAGGGAUGGCGCCUCAAUCCCAGCCACUCAAUCAUAGCUGCAGAGCUAUAUGGCAUCCUACAAGCUGUGAAAUACCUAUUGGACAGCCGCAUUCACCCAGCACUGAUUUGCACGGACAGUCUAUCUUCACUACAGCUCCUAAUGCAACCAUUCCCCAGGAGCUAUUCACAUCUUAUAGCCACUAUUCACCAUAAUAUCCUUCGACUUCCAAGGGGAGAAGUGCAUUUCCAAUGGAUACCAAGUCACUCGGGCAUCCAGGGUAAUGAGGCAGCAGACAGAAUUGCUAAGCAGGCAGCUACGUCUGACGACCCACUGGCAGACAUACCAUUCGAAUACUCUGAACUCAAGUCUAUAGUACAGAAGGGAGCCUGGAACUUCUGGCAAGCAAAGUGGACAUCAAUUCGUGGCCAAUUUGCCCUGGGUACAAUCAAACCAUCAGUGCGACCAUGGUCUCUUCGCAAGCUACAGACUCGUCGAAAUGAGACACUCUUUGCAAGACUCCGCCUUGGCACAGCUCCGCUGAACAAGGCCCUCUACCAAAUCCGCCAAGCCCCCUCCCCGCUCUGCCCCUCAUGCAACACCCCAGAAACCUCGCAUCAUUAUCUCAUCUCUUGCACGGAGUUUGAAGAAGCCCGUGAGCAACUGCGUCGCCAAGUAAACUCGCAUGGAGUUCUUACACUCAGCACUGCUUCACUGCUGGGAGGAGACACCUCCAACUGCCCUGCCUGGCCACACAUCUGCAAAGCUGUUGAAGAAUUCAUCGGCAAAACUCAUCGAUUCCAGCCCUGAGACUUAAUAAAUAAGCAGAUUACGGCGAGAAUCGCCUCUGGUGGAACACGCCGUCAACUAAUAGAAGAUCAAGA